AUGGACACAGAAGCUUUCCUUAAAAAUGUACCCAGUAUAAAGUCCAAAUUUAUAGAGCUAUCUAAAAAGAAUGGAGCUCUUUUAUUCGGAGAAUUUCGUCUCAACUCCGGCCUAAUGUCGAACACGUUUUUCAACUCAGGAAUACUCGCAGACGCCGAAUCCUUCGAUCUGAUGACCGACCUGCUGGUCGCAAAGCUGAUCGAGGAGAAGGUUGAAUUCGACGCCUUCUUCGGCUGUCCCUACAAGGUUGGUUAUUCGCCACUGUCCAUGUGA